GUGCAAAACCGCGAACAAAGAAGGAAGAGAAGAAACGGAAGAGUGGAGAAAGAUGGGUAAGGGUAAUCCGCACAGAUCGACGACCGCCGGCGACGACCUUCAUGCGGCGGCAAGGUCCGGUGAUCUCAUCGCUGUUCAGUUAAUUUUGAGUUCAAAUCCUUUGGCUGUUAAUUCCAGAGAUAAGCAUUCCAGAACACCACUACAUUUAGCAGCAUUUUCUGGGCAAGCAGAGGUAGUGAGUUAUCUCUGCAAGCACAAAGCUGAUGUUGGUGCAUCUGCUAUGGAUGACAUGGCCGCGAUACACUUUGCCGCGCAGAAGGGACAUUUGGAAGUCAUUCGGGCUCUGCUUUCAGCUGGGGCCUCUGUCAAAGCCUCUACCCGCAAAGGCAUGACUUCAUUGCACUAUGCUGCUCAAGGUUCCCAUCUGGAACUUGUUAAGUAUUUAGCCAAGAAAGGGGCAAGUCUUAGUGUCAAGACAAGGGCAGGAAAGACCCCUUUGGAUCUUGCUACCAAUGAAGAAGUCCGCUCCUUUCUCGAGGAAUUUGAAAGAUCAGCUAAGAAUGGAGGAUCUGGAAACAAAGAUAAAGCUGAAGAAUCUGAUCCAAAUUCAUCCACAUUGGUAUCGGAAGGUAAUUUGAGUGCUGAACCUCCUGCAGCUUCUGUUGAUGAAGAAAAUGGUGAGAGGGAGAAGAGGAAGGGUAAUGAAGAUGAGGCAAGAGAAGACUCAUCACAACCAAAAAAGGCGAGAGUUAAGUUAAGCCAUCUCCAAAGUUCAGAUGAUGCCCAAGAAGAAGAAAACCUGUAGGUUGGCAGAUGCAUAGUAGAACAAAAUUUUGUUAUUAUAAUCUGUAAUAGUGCCUGAUUUGGAAUCCCUUUGUUGGGUUAGUAGACUUGGAUAAUCUAUUGACUGUUUAGUGACACUUUCUUCUGUAUUUAUACAAUUUUAUCAUCUUGAAAACUUCUCCUGUUGAGAUGCCACUUUCCUUUUCAGCAGAUACUU